AUGGCAGUGAGGGACCUGGUGGGGGGGACUCAGGCAACUUAUAAGAACAAUGUCACCACAAUCUUUUUUGUCAGAUUCUACAAUGGAAAAAAUCUAAAUAUUCUUCUUUUCACAUUGCUUCUUAUGAUGUACAUUGUGACAAUAUGCGGACACCUCCUGAUCAUCCCCCUGUUGGCUUACAGCAAGACCCUCCACUCUCCCAUGUACUUCUUCCCCUCCCAGCUCUCCAUAAAUGACAUCAUAUUGACCACGGAUAUUGCCCCUAACAUGCUAAACAUUUUGCUUCAUGAUCAAACAUUCAUAUAUUUUUCUAGUUGCAUCGCUCAAUUUUACUUUUUCUGCUUCUCAGAAACAUUUGAAUGCCUUCUUCUAAUGGUGAUGUCCUAUGACCGCUAUCUAGCCAUUUGCUCUCCUCUACAUUAUGCCUCCAUUAUGAACCAUGCGCUUUGCAUUAAAUUCAUUUUGGCCACUUGGUCUUUGAACUGCCUUGUAGGAUUCAUUGUAACCCAUGGCAUGUGUCAGCUACAGUUCUGCGGGCCAAACACCAUACACCAUUUCUACUGUGACCUUAAUCCUCUGAUGGAACUUUCUUGCUCAGAUGUGUCCAUAAUUGAGAUGGAAGCCACCUUGUUGUGUAUUCCGGUGUUAGCCUUUCCAUUAUGUGUGAUAGUAGGUUCAUAUACGCGUGUUGUUUUAGCCAUUCUAAAGAUAUCCUCAGUCUCUGGAAGACAGAAAUCUUUUUCCACUUGCAGCUCUCAUCUGACAGUUGUGUUUAUAUUUUAUGGAACUCUGAUUGCUAUGUACGCACUUCCAAAUGAAGGGCAAUUGGAUCACAUCAGUAAGAUACUGGCUUUGUUGUACACAGUGUUUACUCCCUUUUUAAAUCCUUUUAUUUACAGUUUGAGAAAUAAGGACAUAAAAGAAGCUUUGAGACUCGCUGUAUAUCAUUUUGGUGCUUAUUUACAGUGUUUUUAG